AAGAUGGCGGAAUGGGCAAUGCUACACACCCAAUGCAAAAGCAAAUAACCGGAAGACGUACAAUUUCACAUUUCAUACCAAACCAACAAUAUAAUCUAUCUAUCUAUGCAUAAAUAAUAACAAAACUUAAAACUGCCAUUGUCUUCUCUAAUGAAUGUGCAGAGCUCCAAGCCUUCCCAUCUAUCUUCUCAGUUCAUCUUUCUAUUUAGCAUUGCUCCUGCUUUUGGGUUGUCCUAUACAGAUGUACACUAGUUUUCCACCAUGAACUCUGUAGCAACUCCCCUGAUCAAAGACUAUGGAAGACUCAAUGACUCAAAUAUAUCUAUUAGCUGUCGUGUAUUUGAGCCCUCUUCAAGUAGUAAUGCAAAGCAACGAGCCGCGGUGGUGGAAUGGAUAAACGAUACUCUUCUUCAUUUGAAUUUGCCGGUGAAUGCUUCUGACGAGGAACUUCGAGUAUUCUUAAUUGAUGGUAGUGUUUUGUGUCAACUACUGAAUAAAUUGGAGCCCAAUUUGGUGAUAGAGGAUGGUGGCUCUAGUCAUUCCUGGGAAUCAUGCUCAGGAAACAUUGGAAGGUUCUUAUCCGGUAUGGAUAAAUUGGGAUUGUCCAGGUUUCAUCCAUCAGAUUUAGAAUAUGGGUGUAUGAAAAUCGUUGUUGAUUGCCUUUUAACACUUAAAACACAUUAUAUGCCAAAUGUUGGAGCAUACAAGAAUUUGAAUAUGCAUAUAUCCAAUCUCUCUGGAAAUGCUUCUAAUAUAAGAUGGAAGGAAGCGGGAGAACAUUUUGGAUGCGGUGAUGCUCCUCAAAGACAACAAUCUUCUCAAUCUCAUUCUUCAUUAUCUUCUAGAGAAGAGAGGCAGAACUUAGACUCAAAGUUUAAGCGCACAUUGCAUACUCCAGUAAUGGCCGAUCCAUCAGCUGCAUCGGGGCAUCAUGUUGGGCAUAGAUUCCAGCAAGUAUUUCAGGUUAAACAAGGAAGUUAUGCUGACCUGCUACCUACAAAAGUUUCAGAAGCGGUGAAAUCAAACCGUUUGGAUAAUGCUCCAACACACUCUCUUUUAAGUGUUGUGAAUGGAAUUCUAGAUGAAAGCACUGAACGAAAAAAUGGAGGAGUGCCAGAACGCGUAGCCUGCCUGUUGAGAAAGGUAAUUCAAGAGAUAGAAAUGCGGAUAUCUACACAAGCAGAACACUUGAGAAUGCAAAGUGAUCUGUUCAAGGCUCGUGAAGAUAAAUACCAGUCAAGAAUUAGAGAUCUUGAAGCCCUUGCAACAGGGACGAGAGAAGAGACAGAGGCAAUAUUCAUGAACCCAGUUCGGCAUAUUAAGAAUGAGAAGAGCAACAUACAGGAGAAAAUGAAAAGUGGAGAACAAGAGAUUCCAGUUUUAAAACAAGAACCGGAAGCAGCUCCAGUAGCUUAUGAACUACACUGCUGGCAAAUGAGAACAGAUGAACAUGAUGUGGUUCCAUUGAUGAAGGAAAGGGACGAGGCCAAUCAAAAGAUUGCAAUUUUGCAGCACGAACUCGAAGCAUUUCGAAAAGCUUUUGAGAAACACUGCUCACAAAUUAAAAUCAAUGAAGAUGAUGUGGCUAGAUUAAUGAAGGAAAACGAUGAUGCCAGUAAAAUGAUUGCAAUUUUGAAGCUAGAACUUGAAACAGCUCGAAAUAUGUAUGAGCAACAGUUCUCACAAAUGAAAACGGAUGAACAUAGCGUGGUUAAAUUGGUGAAGGAAAAAGAUGACGUGAAUCGAGAGAUUGCAGUUUUGAAGGAAGAACUUGAAGCAACUCGAAAAACUUCAGAACACUACUCGGAAAUGAAUUCAGAUGAUGAUGAUCUGGAUAGGUUGAUGAAAGAAAAGAAUGAUGCCAUGCAAGAGAUUGCAGUUCUGAAGAAAGAACUUGAAGCAGUUCAAAACUCAUCUGAACAACAAUGCUUGGUGAUGAAAACAGAAGAGCAUGAUGUGACUAGGUCGAUGAAAGAAAAGAAUGAUGCCAUUCAAGAGAUUGCAGUUCUGAAGAAAGAACUCGAAGCACAUCAAAACUCAUAUGAACAACAAUGCUUGCUGCUGAAAACAGAAGAGCAUGAUGUGACUAGGUUGAUGAAAGAAAAGAAUGAUGCCAUUCAAGAAAUUGCAGCUCUGAAGAAAGAACUUGAAGCAGUUCAAAACUCAUCUGAACAACAAUGCUUGGUGAUGAAAACAGAAGAGCAUGAUGUGACUAAGUUGAUGAAAGAAAAGAAUGACGCCAUUCAAGAGAUUGCAGAUCUGAAGAAAGAACUUGAAGCAGUUCAAAAAUCAUAUGAACAACAAUGCUUGCAGAUGAAAACAGAAAAGCAUGAUGUGACUAGGUCGAUGAAAGAAAAUAAUGAUGCCAUUCAAGAGAUUACGGUUCUGAAGAAAGAACUUGAAGCAGUUCAAAACUCAUCUGAACAACAACGCUUGCUGAUGAAAACAGAAGAGCAUGAUGUGACUAGGUUGAUGAAAGAAAAGAAUGAUGACAUUCAAGAGAUUGCAGUUCUGAAGAAAGAACUUGAAGCAGUUCAAAACUCAUAUGAACAACAAUGCUUGCUGAUGAAAACAGAAGAGCGUGAUGUGACUAAGUUGAUGAAAGAAAAGAAUGAUGCCAUUCAAGAGAUUGCAGAUCUGAAGAAAGAACUUGAAGCAGUUCAAAACUCAUAUGAACAACAAUGCUUGGUGAUGAAAACAGAAGAGCAUGAUGUGACUAGGUUGAUGAAAGAAAAGAAUGAUGCCAUUCAAGAGAUUGCAGAUCUGAAGAAAGAACUUGAAGCAGUUCAAAAAUCAUAUGAACAACAAUGCUUGCAGAUGAAAACAGAAGAACAUAAUAUGGCUAGAUUGAUGAAAGAAAAGGGUGAUGCAGAUCAAGAAAUUUCCGUUUUGAAACAAGAAUUCGAAGAGGCUAAAAAAACUUACGAACAGAACUGCUUGCAAAUGAAAACAGAGACCAGUGAAGUUCAACGAAGUCUAGAAGAAAGGUUAAAGGAAAUUACGAGCCUUGAGGAAAGAUUAAAGGAAGUUUCAAACCAUUUUACAGAAUCAAGAAAUAGGGUACAGGAACUUGAAGAAUUUUCAGCAGCAAAGUCUCAGCAGUGGAGCAAGAUACAACACAUCUACCAAAUAUUUACAGAAUUCCAGCUUGGAGCACUACGUGAACUAAGGUUUUCAUCCCAAUCAAUAAGGCAAGAAGUUUCUAAAACACAAAAGAUCUACUCAGAGGAAUUUAAUCAGUUAGGUGUGAAAAUGAGGUCAUUAGAAGAUGCAGCUGCAAACUAUCCUGUAGUUCUUGCUGAAAAUAGGAAGCUGCACAAUGAGGUCCAGGAGUUAAAAGGAAAUAUUAGAGUAUACUGCCGGGUAAGGCCAUUUCUUCCUAAACAAAAGGAUAAGCAAACAAUUGUUGAAUAUGUUGGCGACAAUGGGGAGCUAAUUGUUAUGAAUCCUUCCAAACAAGCAAAAGAAGGCCGCCGGUCAUUCAAGUUUAACAGGGUCUAUGGUCCAUCUGCAACACAAGCUCAAGUAUUUGCAGAUAUACAGCCAUUGAUACAAUCAGUUUUGGAUGGAUAUAAUGUAUGUAUAUUUGCAUAUGGCCAGACUGGUUCAGGGAAAACGUACACAAUGACUGGCCCUGACGGAGCAACGGAAGAGAAUUGGGGAGUCAAUUAUCGUGCUUUAAAUGAUCUUUUCCGAAUUUCACAGACGAGAGGAAGUGCUUUCUCAUAUGAAGUAAUAGUUCAAAUGGUGGAAAUAUAUAAUGAACAAGUUCGUGACUUACUUUCAAGUGAUGGCUCUCAGAAAAGACUUGGGAUUUUGAAUACCUCCCAACCCAAUGGGUUAGCUGUCCCAGAUGCUAGCAUGUUUCCAGUUAACAAGCCCUCUGACGUGUUGGACCUAAUGAAUAUCGGAUUAAAGAGCAGAGCAAAAAGCUCAACUUCCAUGAAUGAAAGAAGCAGUCGUUCACACAGCAUUUUAACUAUUCAUGUUCGAGGGAUGGAUAAGAAAAGUGGUUCAUCCAUGAACGGCAGCCUUCAUUUAGUGGAUCUUGCAGGAAGUGAAAGAAUAGAUCGCUCAGAGGUAACAGGUGACAGAUUGAAAGAGGCACAACAUAUAAACAAGUCUUUAGCCGCCCUUGGAGAUGUCAUUUCUGCUUUGUCAACAAAAAGUCCUCAUGUCCCAUACAGAAAUAGCAAGCUUACUCAGGUUCUUCAGAGCUCCUUAGGUGGUCAAGCAAAGACCCUCAUGUUUGUGCAGCUGAAUCCCGAUCAUAUUUCAUUUUCUGAAUCCCUAAGCACAUUAAAAUUUGCUGAAAGGGCAUAUGGAGUAGAGCUAGGGGCUGCUAAGAGCAGCAAAGAUGGCAAGGAUGUUAGGGAAUUGAUGGAGCAGGUCACAUCUCUCAGGGACACAAUAGCUGCAAAAGAUGAAGAGAUUGAGAAAUUGCAGCAAGAUGCCAAAGUCACCAAAGUGUGAAGGGUUAAUUUCACUUUGCUCCUCAUAAUUAGAGCCACACGGUGGAACUGGAUACCCAAUAAAGGAACUAAACACUAAUGCCUGAUUUGUACAAGGCGAGAAUCGAACUCCUGACCUCACUUUAACCUGUUAGGCCUAGAGGAUUGGUUCAUUUUCAUCUUACAGACCUAAAAGCAAACCUGAAAUUCCCAACUGGAAUGAGAUUCUGCCCAGCAGAACCAAUCCAAAGAUGAGAACUAGGAAGUAGUGUUAACAUGUAGCUCUAUCAUUUUAUUAUUUUCUUCUUAAAUUUCCUUGUGUAAAACUAUUUGGGCUGCCAGGAAAUUCUGUCAUUUGAUUAAUUUAAUUUAUUCAAUCU